AUGUCUACCAAAGCAACUCCUACUGCCCCAAAGCCCAGCGAGGGCGGCCAGUCGACCAAGGCGUGGACCUCCGACGACAGCCUCAAGGUAAUGCUGCUUAUUAUGCAGCACGAGAACCCGAACCUGGGUGUAAGUGGCUGGAAGGCAAUCGGUGACAAGGCCCAGGUUUUGUUUGGGGGAAAGUACACAAUGGUGGCGGUAAAGCAACAGUUUCAGCGACUUCGUCGCAACUUCAUGGAAGAGAUCCCCGAGGGAUGGAAGGAGAAGGCGGAAACCGGUGCCGAUAAGGCUGGUGGCGAUGCCGGAGAGGAAGGAGGCGAGGUUUCCGGAAAGGGAAAGAAACGUGCUGCUCCUGCCACCGACGAUCCGACUGCCAACGCCUUGAAGGCCAAGAAGGCACGAGUUGCUAAGAAGGUCACUAAGGGACCUGCAAAGAAUGCUAAGAAUGAUAUCGCCGAUGAUUCGGAGGGUGAGCAGCGACAGAUUGCCAAGAACAUGGCUCCGCGCCGCGGUGCCAAGAAGUCCCAGCCUGUUGGCCGCGUCACCCACGACAACAUGGCUGCUACUGAGACUCAGUCUGGUGACGAUGUUGGCGUGGUCGAUUCUCACGAUAACGCUCACGCUUCCACCAGUGUGCAGCCUGUCGCUGCUGAUCCUGUUGCCGAUGAUCCUGUCGCCAUGGGUGGCUUUGUCGGCGAUAACGAUACCAUCUACGCAGUCGGCAAUGCUCAAGUCACUACCCCCUCCCCCUAA